AUGAAGAGACAGAACGAAAGAAUGCAGAAGGGUCUCGCCGCCCUCGGACCCUGGGUGAAGAAGAAGAAUGUCUCCCUAAAUACGAAGAUGCUACUGUGGAAGACAGUCGCCAAUCUAAAAAAUAUUGGUCCCCAAGGCAAUAUGGAGACGACUUACUACCGCUUGAAAAAAGUUCUGGAGGAUUUGAAACAGGACAUUUCUGACGAGGAUGUGGACACUGCCGUGAGGCUGGCACUCAGAAGGAAGGUAUCACUUGCAGGUCAAUUACCGAAGGAGGAGGAAGCGGAGGAAGAAGAAGACGAAGUGGACCUUGUCGAUGUGCGUACCUUCUCAGUGUAUUCAUAA